GGCUGACAAUCAACUAUUUAUCCUCCUCCCCCGCUCUUUGUCUCUCCAACUCUCUCAUUCCACCAACAUACACACGCACCAUCAUGUCGCCGCCCAUCCACACGCAAUCCCAAAGCCCCCUCUUCGCCCUCCCCGCCGAACUGCGCCUCCUCAUCUUCUCAUAUGCGCUCACGGAAUCCCUCGACCUCCGCCGUCCCUACAGCCCCGACACCUACUACUACCGACCAGGCUACACAGCCCCGCCCACUAUCCAUACAGCCCUUCUUCGCACCUGCAAGCGCAUCCACGCCGAAGCCCACUAUUUCCCCACCCAACAAGCCGAACACACGUUCUUUCUCUGCUCCAAAUACCGCGCCCCGGACUUCAUCUGGAUCCCUCAUCUCACGAGCAUCCUGGAACACAACCACUCGCGGUACGGCCCGCUCGGCACUCCACACAUCCAAGUCUUCGCGCAGCUCUACCGCCUCGAAAACGACGACGACCUCCAACGGGUCCUCGACAUCCCGCACCUCGACCCCCGCCACGUUACCCUGACCAUCCGCCACACCGACUUCUGGUUCUGGGAGAACUGGGAAUCCCUGCGUCUCGACGAGGGCUGGGUGAAUAGAACACGGUUCCCGAACACCGUCACCGCGUUCGACAUCCAAAUGGAGACGAUUGUCCAGCGCGCGGGGGAGAUCGACUACCUUGCGAAAGAGGCCGCGACGAAGUGGUUUUUCCUGCGCAAGGACGGCCGCGUCCUCGCUGCCGACACGAAGGAUAUGAGCGUCGACACCUGGACGGGCAGUUCGGUGCUGCAUGAUGCCCGAUGGGUGCGGGAUGAGCGCAGGCCGGGGGAGCUGGAUUACCAUGUUGUUACGGUGCGGUGGAAGCUGGUGCCGGAGGACAGGGUCGAUGCGCUGGGCUUUGAUCUGACGGCGCCCCGGCCCAAGAUCAGUGUGCCGGACCAUGUGGGACUGGGGGAGCCUGCGUUUGAGGGCCCCAGGUCCAUUACUGUGGCGGAUAUGGAGCGCCUGAGUAUUACGAAGGAGAUGCCGUUGGAUGAGGUCCUACAGGCGCUGCGGGGGGCGAGGCCGAGUGGGCAGAGAGCCAGACGGAAUUAUCGUCGGAGGAGAGUCGCGUCUGAAGGGGUUAACUAUUGACGUACAUGUAUGUCUUUGCGAAGAAGGAUUUUAUGACACCAGUCAUGAGCCUGAAUGGUUGAAGUGCGUGAUGUUGGACUAGCAUUUAGCUGACAGAAACUAGCACAUUUAAAGAAUACCCUGUAUAGAUAUUGAG